GGUGUAAAAUAAAAGCAGUGGUUUGACUCACUUCACCGCGCAGUCUGUUCUCUUCUUCUCAUAAUUCUAUUUCUUCUUUUACUACUUUUUUCUCUCUUUUUCUCUCUCUCCUCUCCCCCUACGCAGAGAUGCAUGUCCUGAAGUCCGCGCUCGCGCUCGCCUGCCUCGCGCUGCUGGUGUACGAGGGCGCGAGCUCACCGGCGAACAGAUGCGGGGUGCUGGGACAGUGUGAGCAGGUGAACUCCAGCAGAAGCGCUGAUCCUGUCACUGUGUCUCUGUAUUAUGAGUCUCUGUGUCCCGGGUGUCGUCAGUUCCUGGUAUUACAGCUCAUGCCCACCUUCAUCAUGCUGAAUGACAUCAUGAGUGUGGAGCUCUUCCCGUAUGGCAACGCAGAGGAGAAGCAGGUCGGAGACAAGUACGAGUUCACCUGUCAGCACGGACCGGACGAGUGUCUGGGCAACAUGAUCGAGACGUGUGUGAUGAAGAAAGUGCCCAGUGCUGCGGUUCCUGUGAUUUACUGCAUGGAAGCUGCUGAGAACGUGGUGAAGGCGGCAGAAUCUUGUCUUGCGGUGUUCAGUCCAGAAACGAGCUUCGGUGACAUCAUGGCCUGUGUGAAUGGUAACGAGGGAAACCAGUUAAUGCACGAGAACGCCAAGAAAACCGCCGCUUUACAGCCACCGCAUCAAUACGUGCCAUGGGUCACCAUCAACGGGGAGCACACUGAAGAGCUGCAGCAGAAAGCUAUGAACUCACUCUUCCUACUGGUCUGCAGUCUGUACAAGGGUGAGGCUCCACCAGGUUGUAAGCUCGGGCAGAAGGCAGUGAAGACGAGUUACUGCUGAAGAAGUUUAACUGGGAGAGUGGAAGUGAAUGUUUUAUGAGUUAGAUGUUGAAUGCAGUGUGAUUAUCAGUGGAACUGUACCAGUGUGAACACUACAGUGUUCAGACACACCUCUUUAAUAAAAUAUUUCAUAGACCA